AUGUUGGAGAGUAAUUACACCACACCACUCGAGUUCCUAUUUGUUGGAUUUACAGAUUAUCUACCUCUCAGAGUCACACUAUUCUUGGUAUUUCUAACAAUAUAUACACUAACUGUGGUGGGGAAUAUAGGUUUAAUAAUUCUAGUUAAUUUCAAUUCGAGCCUUCAAACCCCCAUGUAUUAUUUUCUCAGCAACUUGUCUUUCCUGGACAUCAGCUAUUCUACAGCAAUCACUCCUAAAAUGCUCAUGAACUUCUUUGCAUCCAAGAAAAGCAUCUCUCCCUAUGGCUGUGCCCUGCAAAUGUUUUUCUUUGGCUGUUUUGCUGAUGCCGAGUGCCUUAUCCUGGCAGCAAUGGCGUAUGACCGCUAUGCAGCCAUCUGCAAUCCAUUGCUCUAUUCUACACUUAUGUCCAGGAGAGUCUGUGUCUGCUUCAUUGUGUUGGCAUACGCCAGUGGAAGUAUGACUUCGAUGGUGCAUGUCUCCCUUACAUUCAGGCUGCCAUUUUGUGGCUCCAAUAUUGUCAACCAUUUUUUCUGUGACAUCCCACCUCUCCUGGCUUUGUCAUGUGCCGACACUCAUGUAAAUGAGCUUCUGCUCUUUGCCUUGUGUGGCUUCAUUCAGACCAGCACUUUCGUAGUCAUAUGCAUCUCUUACUUCUGUAUCCUCAUCACUGUUUUGAGCAUCAAGUCCUCAGGGGGCAGAAGCAAAACGUUCUCUACCUGUGCCUCCCACCUCAUAGCCGUCUCCUUGUUCUAUGGAACACUCCUGUUUAUGUACUUACGUCCCGCGACCAGCUACUCCCUAGACACGGAUAAAGUGGUGGCAGUGUUCUACACUGUUGUCUUUCCCAUGUUUAAUCCAAUCAUCUACAGCUUCAGAAACAAGGAAGUAAAAAAUGCCCUCCGAAAGGUAUUACACAGAAACUGCACUUUCAAAUGUGUUUGCAUUUAA